UCUUUCUUUUCCUUUUUACUUCCAUCAGUCCCUCGAACUCAGUCCCUUGAUGAAAUUUCAUUUCUUUCACAUAUAUCACAAAUAGCCAAAUCUCUGUGAGAAUCGUAGGAUCACAGAUGAAGAAGAAAAUGGAAUCUGAACGUAGUAGUAGUAGAUCUACUGCGUCUGCGUUCUUCGUCAAAUCGUUCCGUCUUCAAUUCCUCGUCGUCCUCACUCUUCUACUGUUCUUAGCAGCCAGGUCACAUGGAUCUACCCCCAGCACUCAUAGAAGAGGCAAGUCCUCAGUGUUCUCUUUAUUCAAUCUCAAGGAGAAGAGUAGAUUUUGGAGUGAGUCUGUUAUACGUGGAGAUUUUGAUGAUUUGGAAUCUUUGAGCCCUGGCAAGAUGGGUGCUCUCAAUUACACCAAGGCAGGUAAUAUUGCCAAUUAUCUAAAGCUUUUGCAAGUUGAUUCCAUGUAUCUUCCAGUUCCUGUGAAUUUCAUUUUUGUUGGAUUUGAAGGAAAAGGGAACCAAGAUUUCAAGCUUCACCCUGAAGAACUUGAGCGGUGGUUCACAAAAAUUGAUCACAUCUUUGAACAUACACGCAUUCCAAAAAUUGGAGCAGUUCUCUCUCCAUUUUACAAAAUUAGCGUAGAUAAAGGGCAACGUCAUCAUCUUCCUAUUGUCAGCAGCAUAAACUACAAUUUUUCUGUGCAUGCAAUACAAAUGGGUGAAAAGGUUACCUCCAUUUUUGAGCAUGCCAUCAAUGUUUUUGGCCGCAGAGAUGAUGUUUCUGGUAAUAGAACUGAUGAGGGUGCUCUUUGGCAAGUUGAUGUGGACAUGAUGGAUGUUCUUUUCAGUAGCCUUGUUGAAUAUCUUCAACUUCAAAAUGCGUAUAACAUAUUCAUUUUUAAUCCUAAACGUGAUGUAAAAAGAGCUAAAUAUGGAUACCGGAGAGGUUUAUCUGAAUCAGAAAUAGACUUUCUUAAAGAGAACAAGGAUUUGCAAACAAAAAUUAUUCAGUCAGACAAUGUUCCAGAAACUGUUCUUGCUCUCGAUAAGAUUAAGAGACCUUUGUAUGAGAAGCAUCCAAUGGCAAAGUUUGCCUGGACUGUAACUGAAGAUACAGAUACGGUGGAAUGGUACAACCUUUGCCUAGAUGCGCUGAAUAAUGUUGAGAGGCUGAAUCAGGGGAAGGACACUGCUGAUAUUAUUCAGGGAAAAGUUUUACAGUUGUUGAAAGGGAAGAAUGAAGACAUGAAGCUCCUUUAUGGAAAGGGAUUAAAAUCUGAGAAUCUUGGUGAUCUUCAUGUGGAAUGUCUCACUGAUGCAUGGAUUGGAAAAGACAGGUGGGCGUUUAUUGAUUUAAGUGCAGGCCCUUGGUCAUGGGGACCUGCUGUUGGUGGAGAAGGAGUGCGCACUGAAUUAAGUUUACCAAAUGUUGAAAAAACGAUUGGUGCAGUUUCAGAAAUUUCUGAAGAUGAGGCUGAGGAUCGCUUACAAGAUGCUAUUCAGGAAAAGUUUUCCAUAUUUGGUGAUAAAGAGCACCAGGCCAUUGAUAUUCUUCUGGCAGAGAUUGACAUAUAUGAGCUUUUUGCUUUUAAGCAUUGCAAGGGAAGAAAGACUAAGCUUGCUCUCUGUGAAGAACUUGAUGAGAGAAUGCGGGAUUUGAAAAAUGAGCUCCAGUCCUUUGAAGGUGAUGAAUAUGAUGAAAGUCAUAAGCAAAAGGCCAUAGAGGCGUUAAAGCGAAUGGAGAGUUGGAAUUUGUUCAGUGAUACUCAUGAGGAGUUUCAAAACUACACAGUUGCGCGUGAUGCUGUUCUCGCACAUUUAGGUUCAACGUUGUGGGGAUCCAUGAGACACAUUAUAUCUCCUUCCAUUGCUGAUGGUGCUUUUCAUCAUUAUGAGAAGAUAUCCUUUCAGUUAUAUUUCAUCACACAGGAGAAAGUCAGAAAUAUUAAACUAUUGCCUGUGGAUCUCAAGGCUAUCAAUGAUGGACUUUCCUCUCUGUUAUUACCCUCUCAGAAAGCUAUGUUCAGUCAGCAUAUGUUACCUCUGUCUGAUGAUCCUGCUUUGGCGAUGGCAUUUUCGGUGGCACGAAGAGCGGCAGCUGUCCCUCUAUUGCUUGUUAAUGGAACUUAUAGGAAAACAUCAAAUUCCUAUCUUGAUUCUUCCAUUCUCCAGUACCAGUUGCAGAGGCUGAAUGAUCAUGGUUCUUUGAAAGGGUCACAUGCCCAUAGCAGAUCCACCCUUGAAGUACCCAUUUUUUGGUUCUUUCACAGUGAGCCAUUGUUUGUUGACAAGUAUUACCAGGCAAAGGCACUUUCUGACAUGGUUAUCGUUGUUCAGUCAGAGGAGUCAUCCUGGGAAAGCCAUCUUCAGUGUAAUGGGCACUCACUUUUGUUGGAUUUGAGGAGGCCCGUAAAAGCUGCAUUGGCCGCUGCUUCAGAGCAUCUUGCUGGUUUGCUUCCUCUUCAUCUUGUUUACAGUCAAGCCCAUGAAACUGCAAUUGAGGAUUGGGCAUGGUCGGUAGGAUGCAAUCCGUUUUCCAUUACUUCUCAAGGCUGGCAUAUAUCACAGUUUCAGUCUGAUACGAUUGCCCGGAGCUAUAUCAUCACAACACUUGAAGAGUCUAUUCAACUUGUUAAUUCAGCUGUUCAUCUUCUACUCAUGGAGCGUACAACUGAAAAAACCUAUAAACUCUUUCUGUCCCAUGAACGUGAGCUUGUGAACCAAUAUAACUACGUUGUCAGCCUGUGGAGAAGGAUUUCAACUCUUACUGGAGAAUUGCGUUAUUUGGAUGCCUUAAGACUGCUGUAUACGGUAGAGGAAGCAUCCAAAGGGUUUGUUGAUAAAGUAAAUGCAACUAUAGCCCUUCUCCACCCAAUUCAUUGCACAAGGGAAAGAAAAGUACAUGUGGUUUUUGAUAUGACAACAAUUCCUGCUUUCUUGGUUGUUUUGGGUGUCCUCUAUAUCGUGUUAAGGCCAAGAAGACCAAAGCCUAAAAUCAAUUGAGUUUUUGAGAAGAGACAGACCAUUGUAGUAUUGAUCAACACAAGGCUUCCAGUAAUUUGAUCGGUUACGACUUCCUGGAAUGGUCCAAGAAGAAAUUUUUUUCCUCUGCUAAAGUCAUAGUUUUUUCCCUAUCAUACAUGGUCACUGUUUGAGGCAGCAAGACUAUAUUCACAUUAUGCCAAUGUGCCGUUGUUCAAGAUCCGUUGGGUGUAUGUGUGACUUACUCAUCUAAAGAACUGUACUGAAAUGAUAGUUGGUCAAAGGGAAACUAGGAAUAGGAUGCGGUGAAAUAGCCACCUAGGCAAAAGUUUAAAUACAUUUGUUUGUAGUCUUGAACCAUACUAACCUGUACAUUUCAUAGUUUGACAAUGGAAAUCUGAAAUUUUGCUUUUAA